UUUACGCUCAUGUUCUUGGUCAAACAUCCAGAUAAGCUGAGCAAGCUGAGAUCAGAGCUUGACUUCGCAACCGCUACUAAUCCCUGUGGAUCUUUACCUACUUAUGAGCAAAUCCGCAAGCUUCCAUAUCUGACAGGAUGCAUCAACGAGUCCAUGCGACUUCAUCCUGUUACCACUCUAGGUCUACCACGAGAGGUCACUGAAGAUGUGGUCAUGAAUAACUAUUAUUUUCCAAAGGGAACAAAACUACUUGUGCAGUUGGCACUGCUUCAUCUGUCUGAGGAGUACUUUCCACAGGCGACCGAAUACAUUCCAGAGCGCUGGAUCCCUGAGGAAUCACCUUUCCCGCCUGUGGAGGCCUUCACAUAUUAUCCUUUCUCUGCAGGUAGUCGCAUCUGUAUUGGCAAAAACCUUGCAAUGAUGGAAAUGCGACUGGUCCUGGCGGCGUUGGUUCGUACCUACGACAUGGAGUUAGUUCCUAAUCAGCGU